AUGUCCAACGAAAGCUUCGCCAACAACAACGCCCAAGCCAACGGCAACGGUGCAACGACCACGACCAAGGGCAAGCAUCGUGGACCUCGCUUCACCUGGAACUCUGCCUACGAGGCGACUUUCUUCCGCUCGCUGUGUGAAUCCGUCGCCUGCGGUCUACGAGACGGAAGCACAUUCAAGCCUGAGGCGUGGGAUCGAGCCAUCCGCGCCCUGAUCGAGAACCACAAUGCUUACGCCAACAAGGCCCAUUUGAUCAACAAGACCGACAAUGCCCGUAAGAAGUACCGCUUAUGGCGUGGUCUGCGCGAGGACCCCGAGUUCUACUACAACCCCCAGACUCGCACCGUGAGUGCGUCCGAGGAAGCGUGGAUGCGCCAUCUUCAAAAAGAGCCGCUCGCUCGAUCACUCCGAGCUCGUCCGUUCGAGCAUGAAGAGUACUACGAAAUCCUCUUUCCAGACGUGAUCGGGUCAGGCGGUGCGCCAAAGCGCGUGACGAAGAAGAAGAAACAGCAGCAGCAAGACCAGCAACAACAGGAUCAGCAACAAAACGGCGUGGAGUCAUCUGUCGAGCCUGAGCAACAACAGCAGCCAGCUGCCAUCAUGGAUCUUGUUCCCAGCCAGGCCUACAUCGAUCCGACGCAGACACAUCUAGCCGCUGCCAUACCCCAAACGCUCACAUCUCCUAUGACGGCCCACGUCGCGCAAAUUCAACAGCAUGCCCAUCCUGCAAAUGGCAGGCCUGCGUUGCCCCCAGCCCCCACAGCAUCUGCUUUGACACCUCCCGAGGACACUGCGGCUGCUACUGCUCAGACUACAGCUGCAACAUCUGCGAUGCAAACUCGCAAGAGAACACAGGCUCCAGAUAACGCCGCGAGCAACCAACACGCAGAUAAGCGGCGACGAACCGGCCAGCCCAUGCAGAAUGGUGGCUUUGGCGACCUCACCCAGCAACAACAACUCCCCGUUGCUACCUCCUCGGGAGCAAAUGCCAUGCCCACGGCUCCUACCCUCCCCAGCCAAGCCAAUCACGCAUCGCCCUCCCAUGCUGCCCCAUCUCCCUCGUCAAAUACGACAACAUCCCCCGCCAUAACAGAAGCCCUCCACCUCCUAACCGAAGCUAUCCGCCUCGUCGCCACAAGCACACAUCCCCUUCCCCCUGCCCCAAACUCCCGCCUGUCCCGACUCCCAACCCUCUCCGGUCAUCCUUCAUGGCAGGAACGCGCCAUGGAUAUCUUUUUCGCCGAGUUCUCUAAUGAAGACAAUGACUUGCAGCUCAAGAUUGCAGAGAAAGUGUUGGCGGAUGAGACUAAAGCGAUGGUGUUUUGCAAGAUGCCGGAUGCACUGAGAAGGCAUUGGGUCAAGAGACUGAGGGAGUUGCAUAAUCGGAGUACGUGA